CUCUCCCUCUCCCUCUCCCUGCUUCUUCUGCAAUAUUUCUCUCUUUCUCUAAUGGAAAACAGAUUCAGGUUUCGAAUCUCUCGCAUGUUUCGUGGCUCAUGUCGGACCCGAAACUUAUCGGACGUGGUUGAAAAAGUUGUGUUUGUGCCUCAAAACCAUAAAAACUUCCACUUGAUUGACCAUUUACCUUCCAAGACUCGACCUUUCCCUUCUAUUUGCAUACGCAAAUGCCCUGAAGCAACAAACCAAGCCAUCAAUCCCUCUAUCAUCUCCAGGAAAAAACUAUCACACCGUUAUCCUCCUGCUUCCCCCAUUUUUCCUAUGAAUCCAUUCUAUAAAGAAUUGGGCUUCAUAGAGAAAACGAAGGGACGUUGUAGCUCAAUUAGAAACAGGAGUAAAAAGAAGAAGAAGAACAUCACUGACAAAAAAGACCAGAUGAGUUUAUUAAGCUCAUCGUCACAAGACAGUGCAUGUUUUGGAGGUCGCUAUUACUGGUUCAGCAGCGAAGAUGAAAACAAGAGAGAGGAUGAUGAGACGGACACUCUUUUCUCUUCAAGAUGUCUUUCUUCAUAUUCAUCCGGAUCUCUCAGGCACCCUUCUUCUCGCCGCAGAAAGUACACUUCUCGGAGGAGAAGGGCAAAAGUGAAGAGUUCUCAAGUGGGUGUUUUGCCAUUAGAUGGAAAAGUGAAGGACAGCUUUGCAGUGGUGAAGAGUUCUAGUGAUCCUUAUAACGAUUUUAGAAAAUCAAUGGUUGAGAUGAUUGUUGAGAAGCAGAUAUUUGCAGCUAAGGAUCUCGAACAGCUGUUGCAGUGUUUCUUGUCUUUGAACUCUUAUCAUCAUCACGGGAUCAUUGUUGAGGUCUUUAUGGAGAUUUGGGAGGCUUUGUUCUCUAAUUGGACUGCAUGUUGAUUUUCUUCUAUCUUUGUUUUAAAACAUGUAGUUUAGAGUUCUAACUCUGAUCGAUAAACUAUGUUAAAUUAAUAGAUUAGUUUUCCAUUAA